AUGAAUGUUACCGAACAACACACGUUCAAUUUUGACUCGGAGGAGAAUGUUGCCAAAUGGAAAAAGGUCUUCGUCGCAGCCCUCGGAAAGAAACUUCUGGAAGUCCACCCGAAGCUGACGAUCACACCAGACGCUCUGGAGAAAAUCGAGAAACUUCUAGUACGCAUGCUGAAAACUCUCUGCACCCCCACCCCGUUUCUACCCCACCACACCGUGGCAGACGUCCUAAAAAGGGUCAACAAGAAGUUCCUGGAGCCAAUAAAAUCGUGGGCUAUCGCCGAUGCCAAUGCUGCCAUUGAUAAGUUUCAGAAAACCAAAAAAGCAACUUGCGUUACGAUGCCUGUCGAUAAAAUCCAUCAACUUCUCGUCAAAGAGAUAUUUAACUGCAAGAUAGACUACCAGGUUUCACUGUUCAUAUCAGCCGUCCUUGAAUAUAUAGCUGGUGAUAUGCUUAAACUGAUCGGCAAUUACGUUAAGAACAUUAAACACUCUGAGAUCACCCAUGCUGAUAUUGAUAUAGCCAUGUGUGCGGACAAGGUACUGAUGGCUAUGUUGUUUGAGGAUGAUGAAGAAGAGGAGGAGCGAAUGAUCGACACAGAGAGGAAUAUAAAUCAAGGGUAUCAUUAUCACCAUCACUAUCGUCAUCAUCAUCAUUACUAUCAUCAUCAUUAUCGUCAUCAUUAUCGUCAUCAUUAUCAUAACUAUCGUCUUCGUUAUCGUAACUGUUACCGUCACCAGCAACAUCAUUAUCGUCAGCAUUAUCAUCGUCAUCAUCAUCGUUGUCAUCGUCAUCAUCAUCGUCUUCAUCAUCAUCAUCAUCAUCAUCGUCUUCAUCAUCAUCGUCUUCAUCAUCGUCGUCUUCAUCAUCAUCAUCAUCAUCAUCGUCUUCAUCAUCGUCGUCUUCAUCAUCAUCAUCAUCGUCGUCGUCAUCAUCGUCUUCAUCAUCGUCGUCAUCAUCUUCUUCAUCAUCGUCAUCAUCAUCAGAUGUCUGACAUGGAUAAGAGGAUGGCCUCCUGUCGCCUCUUCCGGCGGAAAGGGAUGUUUGUAAUGAUGAUGAUGAUAAUGAUGAUGGGGAUGGCGGUGAUGAUGAUGAUGGGGAUGAUGAUGAAGGGAAUGAUGAUGAUGACGGGGAUGGCGGUGACGAUGAAAAUGAUGUUGGCGAUGAUGAAGAUGGACGAGAUCCAGCUUUCGAUAGAUGGGUGGGUGGGCAGAAACCUCUACCAGAUCUGCAACGGAUACAUUACGGAAGGUUACCUACAGAAAGUAUCCGGGAAGAGAGUGUCUGACCGCUACGUGUUCCUACUUGACGGAUUAGUGAUACUGACAAAACGGAUAGCCUCACAAGUUCGGCGAUCCGUGACAGCCGCAUUCUCCGGCUCGUACGAAUACAAACUGAAGGAGAAGUUCAUGAUCCGGAAGAUUGACGUCAUCGAUAGGGACGAUACGGACGAGUUGAAGAACGCUUUUGAGAUAGUAUCAUCUCAACACAAGCAACAAUCAACAGUGGUCUUGAUCGCUAAGUCUCUUGAUGAGAAAAUAAACUGGCUAUCUGUAUUCUUUUCACUUAUUUACAGGAGUACAUUAGAGAGAUGGUUGGAUACGAAAUUGAAGGAGGAAGAGAAGAAACAACCGCUAAAAAUGCCGACGCCCGAUGUAUACAGGUUAUUUGCGGAAGAAGACUCGGAAGAUAAUAUUUUAUUCGAGGACAAUGGAUACGACAAUGGCAACAGUAAUGAUAUUCCCAUCAUUAAAGGUGGAACGAUAUUGAAGUUAGUGGAGCGACUAACCUACCACUCCUACUUUGACCCGAAGUUCAUCAAAACUUUUCUCACAACUUACCGAACUACGGCCAACCAGCCAGAAAAACAACCUACUUGUCAAUCAAACCAAUCAACCAGCCAACCAAUAAGUCAACCGACCAAUCAAUCAAUCGCUCUACAACCACCCACCCACCCAACAAACAAACCACACAUUUACACACGCACACACAACAUACACACACACACGACAGUCUUGAACGUGAUAAGGCUCUGGGUGGACUAUCAUUGGUACGACUUUGAGAACAACAAGCCCUUACAGAGUCAGGUGAAGGAUUUCGUGAAUGAGUCAUUAAGGGGUAGGGGUAAGCUUCUGAUCAAAUGGGUCGAGACCAUUCUGAAGAUUAUGAAUAGAAAGUUCUCCAUGAUCCCGAACGAGCCGAAGCAGAUAACGUUCAGUAGGAAGCCACCAAUGGCUGAAUGGCACAUAUCAAAGAUUCCUACUGAUUAUGAUCUUAUGAAUCUCCACCCUAUAGAAAUCGCCCGCCAGGUAACUUUACUUGAAUUUGAAAUUUUCCAAAAAAUUAAAUCCUCCGAAAUGGUGGGCGCCGUCUGGAUGAAGAAGGAGAAACAUCUGACGUCACCGAACCUACUCAAAAUGAUUCACCACACGACUAAGUUUACAUUCUGGUUGGAAAAGUGCAUAGUUGAAGCCGAGAACUUUGAGGAACGUGUGGCCGUCGUCUGUCGCGUCUUGGAGCUGCUAAUCGUCUUUCAGGAGCUCAACAACUUCAACGGCGUCGUUGAGGUUUACAGCGCGCUUAAUUCUGCUUCAGUUCACAGAUUAGAUCAUACGUUUGAGAAAAAGUAUCCGAAGCAUCAGAGGGCCUAUGAGGAAGCGAAGGAGUUGAAUGGAGAUCAUUUUAAGAGGUACCUGGAGAGGUUGAGGUCAAUCAAUCCACCCUGUAUACCCUUUCUAGGGAUGUACCUGACGAAUAUUUUUCAACUGGAGGAGGGAAACCCGGAUUAUCUGCCUAAUAGGCCGCCGGAGUUUAUAAACUUCAGUAAGAGGCGCAAGGUGUACGAGAUCACAGCAGAAAUUCAACAGUACCAGGAUCAGCCAUAUUGUCUCAAUGUUGAACCCACUAUUAAGGCAUUCAUUGAGAACCUGCGACCGUUGGGCGACAUGAGCGAGAAAGAUUUCGACGACUACCUCUACGAACGUUCCCUCGUCAUCGAACCGAGGAACGGCAAGCCGGCCAAACUCGAGCGGAAGCGACCGUACUCGCUAAAGUCGCCCGGCACCAAACCGACAUCU